UCGAGAGUAAUUAAUAUGCAUGUGCUUUUAUGUAAAAUGUUUUAAUGUCUUAAUAUUUUUUUAUUUAUUUUUUUCGUAUUAUGUUAUUGCUUCGAUUGGGAAUUUAUCGUGCGAUCACAGUUGCAGUUCGGGGUUUUAUAGACUACAAUGAUUCAUUCUAAAAUAGCUAUCACCUUGAUAAAAUAGCUUCACGCGUUAUAUAAAGUAUAAAGGGAGUAUGAAGUCAUUCAGGUCUUCAGGGCGUCAUGGUUAUGCGGUGGAGAUAUCUCCUUUUCUCCCUUCUACACUCGCCUGUGCUCCAUCUCAGUACUAUGGAAUAGCAGGAUGUGGGAGACUUCUUGUGCUGGAGCAAAGAGAGGCAGAAGUUGCACUUGUGAGGAGUUUUGACUGGAACGAUGGGCUCUUCGAUGUGACAUGGAGCAAGAGCAAUGAACAUGUGCUGGUGACGGGAGGAGGUGAUGGAUCUUUGCAGAUCUGGGACACGGCCAACCCUCAAGGUCUUCUUCAGGUUCUGAAAGGGCACACACAAGAGGUCUAUGCAGUAGACUGGUGUCAGACACGGGGAGAGAACCUGGUGGUAUCAGGAUCAUGGGACCACACUGCCAAAGUGUGGGAUCCAGAGAAAUGUCAGCUGUUGGGUUCCCUGCAGGGUCAUGAUGGAGUGAGCUACAGCACCAUCUGGUCUCCUCGCAUACCUGCCUGCUUUGCUUCAGCCUCAGGAGACGGGACACUGCGAGUAUGGGAUGUGAAAGCGGGUUCAUGCAGGCUGGCUAUCCCUGCACACAAGGCUGAAAUCCUCAGCUUUGAUUGGUGCAAAUACGACCAGAAUGUUCUGGUCACAGGAUCCGUGGACUGUGGUCUGCGCGUGUAGGACCUGCGAAGCAUCCGGCAUCCUAUAGCUCAGAUGAUGGGGCAUUCCUACGCCAUCCGCAGAGUAAAGGUAGUGGACUGCUCUUGGGAUGAGACCGUAAAAGUCUUCACCCCUCCAUACUUGGCCACUCUAUAGAGCCCGCUCCGCCGUAGAAAGAUUGUGCUGCAAGGCACGGGGGAGUCGCGGCUCUGUUUUAAUCACAGGUGCAGAGUUUGCCAAGAUUUCACUGCAGUUUUCUUAAUGACGAUAUUUAAGGAGAACACGAGGGAUGCAUCAGGAUUAGUGAGUCGAGAGCGCACUACAGAGGAGGGGGAAUCUCUUGCGGUCAGUGUGUAUAAAAACUGCUCAACUUCAAGGGAUUUAUUGUACUAGGAUGUUUAAGAGGUGUAAGAAAAAAAGUGAGCCUACUUUAAAAAUGUUGUGCCAUUGUUGCCUAAUGCUCCUUACCCUAAUGUAAUAAAACAAAAACAAAAAAUAGCUCAAAUCAGCCUAAGCUGAUUCUUUUCCUGUCUUAGCUUGUUUAAGCUGGUAACCCAUCCUAGCUAAACUUGUCUCAGUGUUCUCCAGGCCUGACCAGCUAUAAAGACCCCAAAACCUCUCUAGAACCAUUCGAGUGACCAGUCUGGAUGACAAGCCAGCUUAGGCUGUUUUUAAAUUAGUUUUUUAGCAGAGUGGUAGUUUAUUUAUUGUAUAUUUGUUGUCUUUCCAUUUUUUUAGCUGAUAUUAAUAAGUCAAUGCAAUAUUUCAGUCUCAAUUGAGAUAAAAUCUUGUUAUUGCAGCUCUUUCUAACUUUAAAUAAAAUAAAUAUACGUGCUAGUAAAUUCAAAU